CCCUUUCUCUCCGACUCGACCUCCAUUCUCCGACUAGUCACGACCUCUCUCCCUCCCUCAUUUCGUUGGACGCGAGACCUCUCUCUCUCCUUCAGUUUGUCGCCGACUCGUCGGAACCUCUUUCUCCGUCACAGGCGAGUUCGAUUUGUGUUUUCUGAGCCUCCGAGGUAGUGGUCGCCAUUGUUGUUGGCGAACGAUAAAAGAUGGAUGCCAAAGUAUCUAGCUCGCCCGGAAGCCUCACUGAUCAGAUUGUGGUUCCGGGAGACGUGGUUCUUGAUUUAUCUGCCAUGACUAACCAAACAAUCAAGCUUGGCAGUGGCCUUCGUCAGGACGGUGAUGUGAUAUCCGCAAUGAAAGCUGGGAAAUUGAGAUACUCAAAGCCAAGUAAAUACUGGGUGGAAAGUUCUCAUAAAAGGUACACACCUUGCCCGGAGGAUCAUGUUCUUGGCAUCGUGGUAGAUUCUAGAGCAGACAAUUUCAUGGUGGACGUAAAAGGACCUCAAAUGGCGCUUUUGCCUGUACUGGCAUUUGAAGGUGGGACAAGGAGAAAUAUACCCAAGUUUGAGGUAGGCACUCUAAUCUAUGUUCGGGUUGUGAAGACGAACACGGGAAUGAAUCCGGAGCUGUCAUGUACUGACGCAAGCGGAAAGGCUGCAGAAUUUGGACCCUUAAGAGAUGGUUUCAUGUUUGAAACUUCAACUGGUUUUGACCCGUAUACUUGCGGUAGUUGUAUCUAG